AUGCCUAGCUCUGCGAAGGUGGUACAGUUGAAUCAGAUACAUGACCAACUCAUCACAAGCAGCCUGCCGCUCCACAAACUCUUUCCCUUCUACGUCGAGUCCGGCAACAUCGAUUAUGCGAGAAUCGCGUUCGAUCGAGCUCGAGUGCUCUUCAAAUUCGACCGGAAUGCGAUGCUUCUGGCGUAUUCCAAGAACGUGUUACCAGAGCGAGCUCUGCUUCUUUUCCGCGAGAUGCUGGCUGUCGGUGACCGCGAUGCCGGGCCAGACAAGUGCUCGUUCACGUUCUUUAUUGCUGCUUGCUCGCGGUUGGAUCGAUCCUGCAAUUGCCAUUCAAUGGUGGUUCAAAAGGGAUUUGAGCGCGAUACGUUUGUGAAGAAUUCGCUUGUCAGUAUGUGCAUAUCUUUUGGGGCGAUGGUAGAUGCGAGGAAACUGUUUGUUGAAAUGACUGAACCAGGAGACGUGGUAACUGCCAUGGAAGGAUCUGCUUUCAUGGACGAGCAUGAUCGUGGGGCUAGCAUUGCAUGGUCUGAGAGUGAAGCAGUCGCUCGGUUUCUGAACAUGUUGGAUAAUGGCAUCAAGCCGGAUCGUAUCACACUCAAUGGAGUUCUAAAUGCCUGCAGUCAUUCAGGUCUCUUGUCCAGCAUGUAUGCAUCAUGCAACUGCUGGGAUGGGCUUGCCAGAGUCGGGGGCAGCGUGUGCAAACAAAGGAUUCAGUUGGUUCUUGGAUGGAGUUCUAUAGAAGUGAAAGGUGUCAUUCAUGAAUUUGUUGCCGGUAAUCGAACCCAUCUUAGAGCUGCAGAUAUUUAUCAGAAGCUGGACGAAAUAUUUAACAGGCUUCAAACAAUGGGUUAUAGUCCCUGUACAUUGCAAAUUUCGUUGGACUUGAGUGAGGAAGAUAAAGAGCAAGCAAUGUAUUGGCACAGUGAGAAACUAGCAGUUGCGUUUGGAUUGUUGAGCACUGAAGAUGGAUUUCCAUUAGAGUUGUUAAGAAUCUUUGAAUUUGUGAAGAUUGUCACUCUGCUAUGA